AUGAUCAACGAUCCGCCGUCCUUCACCCAUCACCACCGCACCCGACCUUCCAUCGCGAACCCUAGCUCUCGAACCUCUCAGUCUGGCUCGGCAUUCGCAGCUCCGUUCCUCCUCAAUGCUCGUAGCGCCAUCACAGCUGCCAUAGCCGCAGCCGCCGCAGGAUCUGGGCGGAUCGCGCAAUGCCAACCCGCUGUUGCUGCGCCGGCUGCGCCGGCGGCGGCGGCGGCGGUUGCGGCGGCAGCGGCGGCUCCGUCAGCAGCUGCAGCGGCUGCAGCGGCAGCAGUCGCGGCGGAAAUCCAUCCGUCCGUUCACGAGCCGCCGCCGUCGUCGACGAUCGGAUUCGCGGAGGAGCUCGUUCCGCCCGUGCCUCCCGCCGGAGGUCCCGGCGCGGGGGAAGGCGGAGCCGGCGCAGCGGAGAAAGUGGAGCCGCGAUUGACGGUGGCGUCGAUCACGAAAUCGCUGAUCGCCGGAGGCGUCGCAGGAGGAGUGUCGAGGUCGGCAGUGGCGCCCCUUGAGCGAAUGAAGAUCCUGCUGCAGGUGCAGAACGCGCAGCACGCACACUACAGUGGCACGUGGCAGGGGCUCAAGACCAUCUGGCGGGAGGAGGGCAUCCGAGGGCUCUUCCGCGGCAACGGCACCAACUGCGCUCGCAUUGUGCCCAACUCCGCCGUCAAGUUCUUUGCUUAUGAGGAGGCCGCACAUGGUCUUCUCUGGUUGGCCCAGCAGCAGUCUAACGAUCCCAACCUUGAGCUGACACCAGUGCUGCGGCUGGGAGCAGGGGCGACGGCAGGCAUCAUUGCCAUGUCCGCCACAUACCCCAUGGACAUGGUUCGAGGGCGCCUCACCGUGCAGUCCGGCAGGAAGGGGGAGCAGCGCUACAAGGGCAUGCGUCAUGCAGCGGUGACUAUAGUGAAGGAGGAGGGCGUUCGCGCCCUCUAUAGGGGCUGGUUGCCGUCCGUCAUCGGUGUGGUCCCCUACGUGGGGCUCAACUUUGCAGUUUACGAAACCCUCAAGGACCAGCUGGGAAGAAUGUACGCGGCACAGCACCCCGACAACCCCGAGAUCGGGGAGCUGUCAGUCCUCACAAAACUCGCGUGCGGGGCUGUGGCGGGCACUCUGGGGCAGACAGUCGCCUACCCCCUGGAUGUGAUUCGAAGGAGGCUGCAGAUGGUGGGUUGGCGGGACGCGGCGAGUGUGGUGAGGGCGGAUGGUACGGUGGCUGCGGCGCCGCAGUACACGGGCAUGGUGGAUGCUUUCCGGAAGACCGUGCAGAUGGAGGGGGUGCGGGCGCUCUACAAGGGACUCGUGCCCAAUUCUGUCAAGGUGGUGCCAUCCAUUGCCAUUGCGUUUGUCACGUACGAGGUCAUGAGAGAUCUUCUCCACGUGGAAAUCCGCAUCUCUGACUGA